AUGACUGAUAAUCAUAAAGGUUGGCACGAGAAGUUGCCUUAUGCUUUACUGGGAUACCGUACUACAGCCAGAACUUUAACAGGAGCAACUCCAUACUUGUCGGUCCAUAGAACUAAAGCAGUCAUACCUGCUGAAGUUGCGAUACCUUCCCUGAGAAUCAUUCAAAAAGCAGAAUUAGACAAUACUGAAUGGGUCCGAGCUCGAUAUGAGAAAUUGGCUUUAAUUGACGAGAAAAAGGAUAGUUGCCAUAUGUCACGACUAGCUGUACCGCAAAGGAUGUCAAGAGGCUUCGACAAGCGAAUCAGGACCAGAUUUUUUCAGAUUGGGAAAAUGGUGCUCAAAAGAUUUUUUCCACAUCAAGAUGAAUACAAAGGGAAGUUUUCUCCCAACUGGCAAGGUCCCUAUGUGUUCUGCAAAGUACUCUCCGAAGGAAUGGUAGUAUUGGCAGAAAUGGACGGACAAGAGUGGCCGAAGCCAAUCAACUUAGAUGCAAUUAAGCGCUACUACAUAUAA